AAUAAAAUAGAUAUAAAAAGAUGCUUCUCUGCAGUUAAAUUUGGAAUGCUUUGUAGCACCACAUGCCCUGUAAACUAGUUCAAAUUACACACGUUCUUUUCCGAUAUCACCUCCAACUUGCUGGAGUAGGUACAUUGAAAGGGCAGAAACAACGGCUUCUAUCCCGUUUUCAGAGCAUAUCCCAACUAAAUGGUUCUUCAAAUGAAGCUGAUAUUUGGGAAGUGCAAUCACCAAUCACUUGCAUGGAUACUAAUCUUUUCGUUGAGAAUUCCGAAUCCUUCAAAAUAAUAAACACACAAAAGCCAGCAAAUUUACUAAGAUUUGUUGGAGUAGUUGCAAUUGAGUGUCUCAAAACAAAGUGAUAUAUACAGAAAGAGACUGCAAUCAACCUUGCACUCCCUUGAUAACUGCAUUUUAAUUACACUGAUUAGUCAUCCAUGUUAGUGAUUUAAGCUUACUGAGCAAAUUUUCAAUCGACUGUAACCUUCUUGAGAUGCUAUAUGAACUUACACGCUGAC